AUGGAAUCAGAUGAGAUCAGGAUAAAUACUGCGAAUCUCAAUCUCAUCGGAAAGGUCAUGUCGACACCAAGUCAAACAAGUGAUAGUCUCUAUUCGAAAGAAUCGUUCUCAAGCAAUUUCCUUGAAAUUGAUAAUUGGAUUGAAUUAUACAAGGAUGAGAAAGCAUCAGACUCAUCAACGGCUAAUUUCAAACCGACGCUCAGUGCUGAAAUUCAUUUAGCCAUUACGACAGAAUCUUCGGAAUAUGCUUCAUCACUAUGUGAACACCUAUUCACACUUUAUCGCAAUGUUCAGCAGCGAUCUUUCGUACUUCAAUUUCUUCCAUCGUUCAUCAUUGCUUACUACGAUGCUCUUUACCAUAAUAAUCCUCAACCGACAAAUGGCAUUACAAAGGAUGUUUGUUCAACAAUUGAUACUUUCCUCGUCGGUCUCUACAAUUUAAGCGUUCUCGACGAUGGUUACAAUGAUAAAGUACACGAAUUCAGAAUUCCAAAUCUUACCAUCCCUUCCAUCUACCACACUCCGAAUCCGGAUCAUUAUGCGCCUACUCCGCUGACUCAACAUGCGAUAUCGAAACAUGAGAAAAAACGUGAAGUAGUUCGGCUACAUACAUUUGUUCCAUUCGAUACAGUCAAUGCAACCACAAGAGAGCAGAUUCUUUGGUUUCUUUUGAUACAGUAUGGAGCGAAUGUGUCCGCAAUGGAUUCUUAUUCUCGACAAGCAUACUUUAAAAUGGCGAAAAAAUUACUUAGUCAAGGUUUUUCUUUCGAUGAAAAGAACUUCACUAAAGUGCAUACGUCGUCACCAUUGCCAUCCACUGGUCGACGUAUACCAGUGUCGAGUCGAAUGAUGUCGGAAAUCUUAGGAACAUUAUCCUAUUUUAAAGCGAAUGCAAUCGACAGGGAUGCCGCGGAAUGUAUGCGUCUUGUGAAAAAACGAGCGGAAUAUGAAAUGUAUGCGGAUGUUAUUCUAAUGACUGAAUCGAUGAGUUAUUUGCAUGAAUUUGAAACUCAACGACCUGAAACACAAGAUACGAUUGGGAUUGAGAUCGAGUUGCCACCGACAAUCGAUAUGGUCAAACAAAAACGUUCGGCAACGACAACACGCUCCAUGAAAAAUCGACAUCGACCGCACAGAACUCAUCAACCACACGAAACAGCUAUUAUCGAGAAUGAUACAUCGAAUGAAACUAUCGAGCAUUUAAAUUUUGUUCCGGUGCCCAGUAACGCUGACCCGGCAACACUGACACCACCCACUAGUCAUCGACAUAAAUCUAUACUUGAUGUUCUGGAUGAGAACUCGCCAACCACAGACUUUAUUCGUUCAAACAGUAACAAUGCAUCGAUAUCAGGCGAACAGCAGAAUGCAGACGAUAUAAACUCAAUGAAUGACAGCAGAAAAUCCAAUAUUUCAUCAUCAAUUGGACCAGCAACAUCGAGUGCAUCACCUUCAUCACCACGCCACUACAAACCCAAAUCUUUGACUUCAACGCAAACCUAUUUCAGUACAAUUCAACAACGGGCAUCAUCACCCAAUAUGCAACAUGUUCGAACCAUUGUCCACCAAAGCGAAACUGACUUGCCACAGUCACGUACAUCGAGUAUGAAGCAUAGCGAUAAGAAGGAAAUGUUUACUACUGUACGAUUCGUAUGUAAUAAUGAAAAUCAAGACAAUGCAACUGAAACAUACCUUUAA